AUGGGAAAGAAUAUUAACAAAAAAGAAUAGAAGAAGCCUCAAGCUAAUGAAAAUAAAAAGGGUUAAGUUACUCCUUAGUAAGCCACAGCUAACAAGUAAAAGGAAACUCAACAACCUAAGGAAUAAAAUUAAUAGAAAACCAAUUUGAAUCCUUAGUAGAACAAGAAUGGAAAGAAGGAGUAGAGCAAAUAAAUCCCUUCCGUAGAAAAAGUGGAAACAAAGCAAGUAGAAGAUAAAAAGUAAAAGCAAGUUUAACAACCUUAAAAUAAGUAACAAAAUGGUUCUAAGAACUAAAAAAAAUAGGCUGAUAAAUAAGUUGCUUAAAAUAAAACUAAAAAAAUCUAAAAAGACGAUAAAAAUAAAUCUCAUUUAAAUAUUUAAAAACUUGCUAAUGAAGCAGCUAAAGCAUUGAAGAAAGAAUAGGAAAACGCUAAAAAAUAAUAAUAAAAGUAAGAGGAAGAAGAAGAUUUUGAAGAGGAAGAAGAGUAAUUUGAAGAUAUUGAAGAAGAAGAAAAUGAGGGAGAUGAUGUUGAAGAUCAUUUCUUUGCUGGUGCUGAGGGUGUAGAAGGAGGUAACAAGGAUGCCUUCAAGACACACGAUGAUGAAUAAGAUUAAAAGGUUAUUUAUGAAAAAGAAAAGAUUUUAGAAAGAGUUAAUUAGAUUUAAGAGUCUUUUAGAAAGAGACUUAGAGUUCCCUCAGGAAAAAAAAUUCCUUGGAAUGAGCACUUAUCUCUAGUUAGUGAUAAAUCAAUAGAAAUCGUUAAAGAUAUAGAUGUUACUGAAGAUAUCUAACGUGAAGUUUAAUUUUAUAAUGUUACUCUUGGAAAUGCCUAAAUAGCAUUAAAAUAUCUUUAAUAAGAAGGUGUAGCAACUAAAAGACCUGAUGAUUACUUCGCUGAAAUGUUUAAGAGUGACAAGGUUAUGAACAAAAUAAGAACAAAACUUGUUAUGGAAUAAGAACAUAUCAAGUCCUUCGAAGAAAAGAAGUAACGUUAAGAAUCUCGUAAAUUAUAGCGUAUAUUAAAAGCUAAGAAGGAGCAAUUAAAGUCAAAAGAAAAAAGAGAUAACCUCUAAGCUAUAGAAAAAUGGAAAGAAGAAAUUAAAGUAAAAGGUGAAAAGGCAAAAGAUCUUUCUGAAUUUAUGCUUAAACCUGGCUAAAAGGGAAAUAAAAAUUUUAGUAAAAAGCCACUUCCAAUAGUCAAAAAAAUUACAAAGGAUGAUAAAUAUAAACCUUAAGGCUCAGGAUCUUCCAAGUUUGGAACAGACAUGAGAGGAAGAGGAGAAAAAUCUUAUGGUGGUAAAGGAGGUAAAUCCUUUGGCAAUAAAUCCUUUGGUGGAAAAGGAGGUAAAUCUUUUGGAGGAAAAGGAGGUAAAUCUUUUGGUGAUAAAGGUGGAAGAGACUCUUUUGGAGGCAGAGGUGGUAAAUCCUUUGGUGAUAAAGGUGGCAAAUCCUUUGGCGAUAGAGGUGGCAAAUCCUUCGGUGAUAGAGGUGGCAAAUCCUUUGGUGAUAGAGGAGGUAAAUCCUUUGGUGAUAGAGGUGGUAAAUCCUUUGGUGGCAAAGGUGGUAAGUCUUUUGGUGGAAAAGGUGGUAAAUCUUUUGGUGGCAAAGGAGGAAAAUCUUUUGGAGGAAAAGGUGGAAAGCCAUAAGGAGGUAGAAAAUCAUUCUCUGGUAAAGGAGGCAGAAAAUGA